AUGAGACUGGUGGUGAGACGACGCCUGGUCGUAGUAAGCAAGUAGUAAGUGGACGUGGUGGUGGAUUUGGGUGCGAGGGUAUAUAGCCUCGCCUUCUCCACCUUUCCUGAGACAGUUCUCUCCUCUGCACUGAACCAACAAGAAGUCUUUUCUCAUCUUCACCUCAUAUUUAUCUGCACAUUUUUGUCUCAACACCUCUCAAGUCACACGAGACACGAUACUUGUCACACAAACAGAGCACUUUUCACGCAACAAUGAAGUUCACAGUCGCCGACUCGUCUGGGUCCCUUGGCGUGGUGGCAGCCCUUGUGUUUUUGGUGGGGCUCGCGACGGCCGCCCCAGCCACGAACGACAUCAUCCCCGAAGGAAGCCCAGCCUACAACGAUCUCCUCCAGCAACAGAGAACCUGGUCCAGCAACGGGAGCGUGUUGCCCGGUGGUGGGGGUACUCUUGCUGGGACCCUUGGUGGUGGUGGUGGUCAAAAUGAGACGGCUUGCUCUCCGCUCAACCCUUGCGACGACGCUGCCAGGGACAAACAACUCCGUCUGCAGAGCAUUCAAGACUACGUUCUCAGCACGUUGGGUCGUGGCAAAGCGCCCACAAUACCGGCGGGGAGUCCACUGCUUGGAGGGCAACAGCAACAACCCCAGGCACCACAGGCCACCUCGUUUUCUGGAGAGAUCAAAACCUUCUACGCAUCUUGUGACGUUCCUUCCCGAGUGGACGACGGCGUGUGGACGGAUCCCGCCUACUUCCACCUCUUCUUCAAGUUCCCUGGUCGAAACGGAACGCUGAACAAUGGAUCCGAUCCUCUUCCCAGGAAACCUUUCACCACAAUCUCCGCCAAGCUAAAAAUUUUCAAGCUGGGAGAAAGCGCUCGUCUGGGUCGCAGUUCGGAGGAGGAGUCGAAUGAGACGACGAGACUGGACCAAGCCGUAGUGACGACGAGACCAGUUUCCGUGACCAGCUUGCUCCCUGGUGGUGAGGCUGCUCCCCUGGUGGAGGAGAAGAUCAGGGUCUCCGUCUACUGGUACAAGGCCCCCGUGACCAAGACACAUUACAAAAAGAAGCUGUUGGACACGAGAAUGAUUUCCGUGAAGGGGUCGAAAUGGGUCGAGUUUGACAUCAUCAAUGCAGCCGUGCCCUGGUUGGAGAGGAACGACAAGAACUACGGGAUCGUGGUGGAGGUUGAGAAUGAAGACAACGAUCCUCUCAACCCUGCCGAUUACUUUGCCAAUUUGGCCUGUCCCACCCGAAACAACUCCAACUCGUCCCAAAUGUUUCGACUGGCUCCGUCCCCACAGAUCGAAGUGUGCAUUCUGAACACGCCUCAUACGCAGAGGGAAAUUGACACGACCGAGUCCCCCGUGCCGUAUCCGCUCCAGAUGAGCCAGUCCUUCAGCCUCCUCUCCAGAAUGGCCAAGGCUCAUGAACAGCGAGCUGCAAAUCAGAAUACCAACAACAACGGGUCCGAAUGGCAGAACGAUGACCUUCCGCCGACCACUCGUCUCACAGCCACGCCUCGAACGCCGGUCAGGAAUACGCACAAACAUCGACAUGGUCACGGAGCCUCCAAAAAUAAGAAGCACCAACGCACCCACGGUGCCGACACCGCUUCAGCUUCCUCGUCUCCACCCACGGCGAGCACAACUGGAGGAUUCCAGCUGGACGAGGACCACCCCCUGCGAAGGAUUCUGGCCACGGUGGCAACGAACGUGCACUCGAGGGAGGCGGCGAGCAGGAGGCAUCACCACGUCCCUCUGGUGGGAGACCACUCCUCGUCUGAGGACUCCUCGGAGGGUGACGAAGACAGGGACAUAAUCAUUCAGAAGAUUUAUAUUCGCGGGGGCAGGGAUUCCGAGCAGCAGCAGGACAGAUAGGGUUGACAUUGCAUCCAGCAGUUUUUUGCCAGUUACUUAUUUGCCAGUAGUGUGUAGAUGAAGAUAUAAAUAUUCGACAUGGAUGCGUCAACGCCACCUCUCACAAGAAAUGAAUCUCUGUUGCCAAAUACCAUUAUUUACUUUGUACAGCAAACGUGAGUAGCCAUUUAGAUUAGAUUUUAAGGAUUUUCUAUGUACUGCUUAGUGUUAAAAAAUAUGUAGUUAGAAAUUUUCAACGGGUAGAAAAUGUGGGGCAAUUCUUGUCCACAUUUUAAUAUGUAUGUACAUGCCACCCACGACGCAUGUUGUGCACAAUAUCAAGUUACACCCACAGUUUUACAUUUACAAAGAAGAGGCCUCUUGUGCUACUGGACUUACCCACAGAUGUACAAAUAAUACUUCAAAAUGUACUUAACUAUAGUUUACAAGGUCCCUUGUUUCAGCUUUUACAGAUUUUUUGCUUCGUUUCUAUUUAGUUUAUCGAGUAUUUUAUUACAACGCGAGCACAACUGCUUGUUUGACACGGGUAUCUUAAAUAUAUUACUUAAUGCGUAGCCUUAAUUAAUUAUUUAACAACUAACUCGACGGCCCCAUUCCCCUCCAGACGCUAUGAACCAGUACGACUAUGACUUAGCUGUUGUGGAGUCCAAAUUACACCAUUUUUGACAACCACUACCCACCUAACGCUGACCAAAUGCCUUUAAAAUGGAAACGUGUAUCAAUUGGCUGUUUCAAUUUUGCACCAGAUUUUUAUCAAAUAUCAGAUUGAUCUUCACGACGAGAGUAUUACUAGUUGUAAGUUUAUAACCUAAGUUCCUGAACAUCUGCACACACACACAACAUUUAUUAUUAUUAUUAUUAUUAUUGUGUAUUACGCGUUAAUAACUUAAUCACACAUUCCCAACUUACUUGUGGGUGACAUAAAUAAUAUGAGCAUUAAAUACAUAUUUACAUAUUUAAGGGGAAUAAAUAAAGCCCGUUUUAUGCUAAAGUUCA